AUGAAGCUUGCAUUAAAAUUAAGACAUAACCGCGACAAUUUUUCCGCGUAAAACAUUAUGACACAGUGCCAAAUACCUACUAACAAAUAUUUUCUGCUCCUCUCUCUCACUCUCUCUCUCUCUCUCUCUCUAAAAAGCAGAAAAGCAGGGUUGGAUUUGGAUCCAUCGCACUUUGAAUCGAACCCUGCGAUCUUCAGUUCAAUCGUCUUUUCGAGUUUUGGCAAAAGCGAAAUCAGAGAGACCAGAUAUACCAGAUCGAAAAAGGUAUCGCUGAAAAGAAGAUCGAAGAAGAUCCCGAUCGAUACGCGCACACACGCUGCACACUGAGAUCGAAGACUGUGAGGGGGAGAGGGGAAAUGGGGAAGAAGGCAGUACUGAUAGGAAUCAACUACCCUGGAACCAAGGCUGAGCUGAAAGGAUGCAUCAAUGACGUGAAGAGGAUUUACCGAUGCCUCGUCCGACGCUACGGAUUCUCCCCCGACGACAUCACCGUCAUGAUCGACACCGAUGACUCAUACCCCCAGCCCACCGGCAAGAACAUUCGCCGCGCGCUGUUGCAGCUCGUGCGAUCGGCGGAGCCCGGCGACUUUCUCUUCGUUCACUACAGCGGCCACGGCACUCGCCUCCCUGCCGAGACCGGCGACGAUGACGACACCGGCUACGACGAGUGCAUCGUCCCCUGCGACAUGAAUCUCAUCACUGAUGAUGAUUUCAGGGAGUUCGUGGACCAAGUGCCAGAGGAUUGCCGCAUAACAAUUGUGUCGGAUUCAUGCCACAGCGGAGGCCUAAUUGACAAAUCUGUAGAGCAGAUUGGGGAGAGCACAAAAAAAGAUGACGAGUCAUCAGGCUCAGGUUUUGGAUUCAAGAGCUUCCUGCACCAGACUGUACAGGGUGCACUUGAGUCUCGUGGUGUUCACAUCCCUUCAGGUUUGCACCAUCAUCGUCACCACCACCAGGAAGAUGAUACAGAUGACACAGAAGUUGAAGAGCAAUAUGGGGAUCGAGGCUAUGUCAAGAACAGGUCUCUGCCCCUUUCCACUCUCAUAGAAAUACUCAAGCAGAAAACUGGAAAGGAUGACAUUGAUGUCGGGAAGCUCAGGCCUACCCUCUUCGAUGUCUUUGGGGAAGAUGCAAGUCCCAAAGUAAAAAAGUUCAUGAAGGUCAUAAUGAACAAACUCCAACACGGUGAUGGCGAGGGCAGCAGUGGUGGAUUCCUCGGGAUGGUUGGGAGUCUUGCUCAGGAGUUUCUUAAGCAAAAGCUCGAAGAUAACGAUGAAGGGUAUGCAAAACCCGCACUGGAAACAGAAAUGUCUAGCAAGCAAGAGGCCUAUGCAGGAGCAGCCAAGAGGGCGCUCCCUGAUGCUGGGAUUCUGAUAAGUGGCUGCCAGACUGACCAAACUUCUGCCGAUGCUAGCCCUCCUGGCGGCACCGGUGAAGCCUAUGGGGCUCUCAGCAAUGCAAUUCAGAGCAUACUUGAGGAAUCUGAUGAUACAGUGACAAAUCAGGAGCUUGUUCUGAGGGCUAGGCGGAUUCUAAAGCAGCAGGGUUUCAGCCAGCGCCCUGGCCUGUACUGCAGCGACCAUCAUGUGGAUGCUGCUUUUGUGUGCUAGUGCCAUUCUCUUAUAAUGAAUGAUUCAAGAGAGCAAUAGGUUUCCAUUGGUGUGGGGCUUUUGUGUGGGUUGCUUGUACUGUAUCUUUUUUUUUUUGCCCUUUUGGUGUGUAACUGAAUGUUGAGCAGAAAACACAGAAUUACUCGUCUUUUGUAUUCACAUGCCCAUGCCCAUGCCCAUAAAUUGAUAUGGAUAAAUUUCAGGACAA